AUGAAAGCGUCGGCAAGCUCCAGUGCUGCGUCCUUGCCCCAUUCUGCCCCUGUACUUCUCGUCAUGGUUGUCAUAGGCUUGCUGUACUCCUCUAUACUGUCUGCAGUAAACAAAACUGUACCAGAUGCUUAUAUGGAUGAAAUCUUUCAUAUUCCUCAAGCCCAAAAAUAUUGCGCAGGACGAUUUGAUGAAUGGGAUCCGAAGAUCACAACGUUUCCAGGUCUCUAUUUGGUGUCCACUUUGUAUGCAAAAGCAAUUUGGACUCUUCAGUUGGGUGAUUUUUGCUCUGUAUCGGUCCUCCGUAGUCUUAAUGUCGUGUUUGCAUUGGGAAACGUUGUGUUGUGCGUGCUACUGAGAAAACUUGUGUCGCCGUUAGACCCCAAUGUGCUUCUCCACGCUCUGCGUAUUGCAGCAUUUCCACCGCUGUUUUUCUUCUCAUUUCUGUUCUACACCGACGCAGGAGCCACAUUCUUUGUGCUGUUAAUGGUGGUACUAGCAGAAAGAGUGGAUUUGCUGCAGUGUUCACCCGUUAGAGGAAGUUUCAUGCUGAGUGCAAUGAGUGGAGCAGUAUCGGUACUAUUCCGCCAGACAAAUAUCAUUUGGGUUGUUUUUGUGGCCGGUACAGUCGUGGUUCGCAGUGUGGAGCUUGCUCACUCAAAAUUCAUUUACGGAUCCUCGAAGCAGGAUUCUAGCGACAAGAGAUUAUCAUCGGUCAUGCAUAGCCCUUUUCGAGUGAUUUUCAACUUCAUCAGCGUCAUCAUUUCCACUCUUCCCUCCAUUCUUUUUGUCGUAUGGCCAUUUGCUGUGAUUGUACUCUGCUUUUUGGCAUUUCUUGUCAAAAACGGUGGCAUCGUGGUGGGUGACAAAUCAAAUCACGAGGUGACAUUUCAUGGCGCUCAAUUAUUAUACUUCACCGUCGCGGUAGCAUCCGGUUUCGGCCUCAACCUUACCACUCCUAGCCAGCUCCAGAAAUUUCUCACGUCAGUCCAGCACAGAGCAACGUCAUUCCAAGGGAUUAUUUCUAUCGGAAUCCUGGUUGCAGUGAUCGUAGGGGUCAUCCAUUGCUUUAGCCCUAUCCAUAAGUUCAUGUUAGCCGAUAAUCGGCAUUACACCUUUUACAUUUGGCGAAAGUUUUUUCGAAGACACGAGAUGGCAAAAUUUUUUCCGAUUCCGCUGUAUCUAUUCUUCGGCUGGCGUUGUUGGGAUGAAUUGAAUCCAAGAUGCUCGCCAUUAUGGAAGUUUAUUUACGUACUUGCUGUAUGUUUGGUCCUUCUUCCAUCACCACUCGUCGAACCGCGAUACUACUGCCUGCCAUUUGUCCUCUUUCACUUAAACACGAGAAAUCAAUCUGGUUUCCAUCUAUGGCUUGUGACUGCUGCGUAUAUGGUUGUUAAUGCGUCGACAUUGUACAUCUUCCUGUAUCGUCCUUUCAUCUGGGUGGAUGGAUCAACGGCACGAUUUAUGUGUGUUAUAAGUCCUUAA